GAGCGGCCGACGGUUGUCAGGUACGCUCCAGGGGAGCAUUUCAGCGAGCACCACGACGGCAAGUUCAGGCCCCGCACGGUUUUCGUCUACCUCAACGACCUGCCAGAGGACGACCUUGGUGGCGACACCUUCUUCCCGCACCUGGGCCUGAGCUUCAGGCCCCGCGCAGGCUGCGCGGUGAUGUGGACCAACCCGACGCCGGACGGGGUGGAGGACAGCAGGCUGGUGCACUGCGGGCGCGCGCCGAAGAGCGGGGUCAAGUUCGGGCUCAACUGCUUCUUCAACGACGAGCGCAUGCGGCUGGUGCACAGUCCGCGGGCGGAAGCCCCGCUGCAGGACGCGUUCACCGUGGACGUGCAGGCGCUGCUGCCGGAGGAGCUGCGCAGCGGCGCUCUGCCAGUGGGCGAGCGGGGCAGCCGCAGGUACACGCUCAAGUCCACCCCCGAGAUCACCGCUGUGCCCUGCAUCGCUGGGGACGACGAGGUGGACCACCUCCUCGAGCUGGUGGGGCUGCCGCGCUUGGAGGAGGCGGCCGCGCCCGAGGGCCCCGGGGAGGCACGCGAAGGGGGCGCCGACGCCGCCCUGCUGCGGGGCGGCACGCAGCUGCUGCGCCUGCUCGGGGCCGCCGAGGAUCCCGUAGUCGAGGCCCUGGAGGGCCGCCUGGCCGACGCCGCGCACUUCCCGCUGGACCACCUGGGCCCCAUGCGCCUGGUGCGGUCCGGCCACGUCCAGGGCAUGUGUAACCGCGGCUGCGGGCAGAAGUCGGGGGUGGUCUGCUUGUCCGACCGCGACGAGG